AUGGCUAAGAUUUCUUGUUUGGCUGACGUGUGCAUGGUCCCAUUGGGGACUGGAUCUCCUAGUGUGUCUGACUUCGUCGCAGCGGUCGAGAAGAAAAUUCGUGAAAGCCACUUGAAUAGCACGCUGCACAGCGCGGGUACUACGAUCGAGGGGCCAUGGGACGAAGUCACCGGUUUGAUUGGUGAGCUACAUGAAUACGCUCACGAGUUGGGCUACGUUAGAGUCCACACCGACAUUAGAAUUGGAACCAGAACCGACAAGCCACAGACGGCCCAAGACAAAGUGGACACGGUUCUGGCGAAACUCAACCAGUAG